CCCACAUUAUGAUUCCCGCUCAGCUGUUACUGUGGGUCGCCUUCAGUUUCCACAUGGAUCCAUUCACGGAUCUGCGGGCUUGAGCGUUUGGGAAGUCGCCGUGGGAGACUCGCCACUCCACGCGUCGCUCGGAUCCGUCACCUCGUCUGUGAAGACGGAUGAAGAAGUGAUUUGAUCUCAGCUCAGGCGACACAGAGAUGACGCUCGGUAUCGCGGCCUCUUUGAGCGCCUUCACCAUCCGGCGUGGGUUCUUGUGAAGUCUGGGAAGUCCUACGGUGGUUUUUUUUUUUAAGCGUCCCAGCUUUUAAUAUGAUCAGUGAGACGGGGGAUGCGAGUCAUGAGCUGGACCCGUUGUCGCGGACUGGACUGGAGCCACAGCCUCUUCUGUCUGACUUUACUCCUGUGGACCAGAAACAUGAGUGGACUGGCUGACUUCUCAGACUACCUGUCCAGGAUCAUUACGAGCCACUCUGCCCACGCGUGUGAUGGGCAACCUCUGCGGCUCCACUGUCCACGCCACUCCACCAUCUCCAUCCAGUCUGCCUUCUACGGGAGCAGCGAGAUGCAGCUUUGCAGAGUAGCUCCACACCCUCCACUCGGGGCACACAAUCGCAGCUGCUCAGCUUUCACAGCCCUACAGAAGCUUUUGUCGGAGUGUCAGAGCCACAGAGACUGCCAGAUGCCUGUCAAUCACCUGCUAUUUGGGAAGGACCCCUGCCCCGGCACUACCAAAUACCUCCAUGUGGACUACAAGUGUAAACCUACUGAACACAAAAGACAUGUGGUGUGUGAAGGAGAAACCAUGGUCCUGCGCUGUAAGCCCCCCAGGCUGCUGAACAUCUAUGCAGCUGUCUAUGGGCGAAGGCUGGGUCACACCGACACCUGCCCCUCACACCUGACAAGACCACCCCCGUUUGAGUGUCUGAACCACGAGGCCGUACACUUGGUCUCCAAGUCCUGCUACAGCAAACAGAAGUGUGCUGUUCCCGUCAGCAACCAGACCUUUAGGGACCCAUGCUUUCCAGGAACCAGGAAGUACCUCAGUGUGAUCUAUUCUUGUGUACCGCAGAGUUUACUAAGGGUGGCAGACCCCAACAUAGUAAGCCUCACCUCAUCUCCUAGCGUGGGCACAGAAAAAGAUCUGGAGGAGCCCUUUCCUAAAGGCUCAAGAAGGCCUGACAACUCAGGAGCGAUGAUGAGCAACUCUCUCCUGACAUAUGCUUACAUCAAAGAGCAUCCUGAAAUGGCAGCUCUGCUGUUUACCUCCAGCGUGUGUGUUGGUCUCCUGCUCACCCUGCUGGCUGUAUCUGUUCGAGUGACCUGCAGGGCACACUGGGUCAGAGAUCACAGACUUGCACCCAAGGCAGGAACCCCUACUGUUAAAUAUCAGGAAAAUGACGAGGAUGAGGAUGACACAGAUGAAGAAGAAGAUGACCACGAGGGAACGGGAAGAUCUUUGCUCUCAGCCACGGAAAGGAAGGCGAUAUACAGUUGGGAGGAAGUGACUUAUGUGAGCGAAGCGGCCGAGCGGGCGGAGAGGAUUGAGCGCAGAGAGAUGAUCAUGCAGGAGAUCUGGAUGAACGCCUAUCUGAAUGGCAGCUCGUGUUAAAUAACUCAUGACCUGUGGAUGCUACUCAGCAUCUGGUGUUUUUUUCCCAGCAGGUAUACUGAUCACCACCGCAAGAAGCUCCUUUUUUAACAUUGCAGUUUGUUGUGUUUUGCCAUUUUUGCGUACAAUAUGUGAAGAAAAAGUUUUCAAAAGUUUCCAUGAUCAACAAAGUUUUAUGUCUUUUGCAUUUAUACAGACUCACCACUAAAUAUAGCUUUAACAUUUCAGGCUGAAACAUUAUUUAUUGUAAAAAAAAAAAAAACAGCAAACAAACAAACAAAAAAGCAUUCACCAACGACUUUAUCAGGUUCACAGGUUAGUACCACGUUGGUCCCCUUUUUGCAUUUAAAACUUCAUUAAUUCUUCAGCAGAGAUGCUGACAUUUUGAUCCAUAUUUGGUUCGUAUUGACAUGAUAGCAUCACACAGUCACUACAGAUUUGUCAGCUGCAUAUCCAUGUGGAAUCUUCGUUCCACGACAUCUAUUGGACCAAUAUCCCGUGACUAGGGAGGUCAUUUGAGUGCUGUAAACUCACUGUCAAGUUCAAGAUCCAGUGUGAGAUGACUUGAGCUUUGUGGCACGGCUCUUUAAGCAGCCAUGGGAAGAUGGGUACACUGUGGUCAUACAGGGACGGACAUGGUCAGCUACAAUAUUUGCGCCAGCCGUGCCAAGGAAAUAUUCCUCACAUCAUUACACCAUCACUUAAUACAAUGCAUGAUGAUUUAUACUUUAAAGAUGUUUACACCAAAUUCUCACCUUCAAUCCAAACGUCACAGCUGACUGUGAUUUUACAGUCUUUACAGUCCAAUUUCGAUGACCCUGUGUGAAUUGUAACCUCAGUUUCGUGCUCAUAGCUGACAGGAGCAGCAGUGUGGUCCUCUGCUUCAAAGAUGCUUAUUUGAGUUACU